AUGGCUGAGCAAGGGGACAGCCCGUGUGGGGCCCCCGAGGGGACACGGCCAGGAGUGACCCUGAGCGACAGCCUCGUCACCACCCGCACCUGCCCCACGGGGCCGCUGCCCACCUCCACCCUCCGCUUGGACCGGGAGAACAUCUCCUGCAUCGGGAAACUCCGGAGGAUGGCAGAGAUCCACAGCCUCUACCUGCAGCAGAACCAAAUUGAGAAGAUCGAGAACUUGGAGUCUUUUCCCAGCCUGAGGUUCCUCUGCCUGGCUGGGAACCGCAUCCAGAGGGUGGAAAACCUGCAGGCCCUGCCCCACCUGAGCGCCCUGGACCUGUCCCACAACCAGAUCCGGGCUCUGGACGCAGAGGAGCUGCCCCGCAGCCUCCGGAUCCUCGACCUGACCGGGAACGAGUGCAGCCGGCAGGACGGAUACAGGGAUCUGGUGGUGGCAGCCCUGCCCCACCUCCUGCAGCUGGAUUCCCAGCCAAUCCAUGGAGACACGGCUCGGGAAGAGGCAGGAGGAGGCUCCUGCAGCAGCAGCAGCGAGGAGGAGGAGGAGGAAGAGGAGGAUGAGGAGCUGUUCCCUGAGCUGAGGAUUCCCUUCACCGUGGACAAAGGUGCCCGGACGGGGACAGGACGCGCGGCACUCUUGGUCUGGCAGUGCCACAUCUCCUGGGAUUCCCGUCCUGGCAGAUUUCCUGCUGGAUGGCACCGGGAGCUGGCCGGGCGGGCGCGGUGGAGGCGGAGGAAGAGCCUGGAGGAGCACCGGGCCCGGCUGGAGGAGCUGCGGGAGCCGUGGCCACCCCUCCAGGGUAAACUGGUGGCUGGGACCCAUGGAGGGAGCCAGGAAGGGUCAGGGUGGGACUCCGGGAAUGUUUUGGGACUCUGGGAAUGUUUUGUGAUUCCCUACCCGUGA